AUGGCGACCAGAAGACAGCCGUCUAGGGCCGUGGGGAGCAACCAUGUUCCGGAACCGAGUCAGCAGAACCCUCCCCGAAGCCCACCGGGGAGGGCUCGGAGUCCGGAGGGCCCUCCGCCUCCUCCUGAUCGGAUAGCACUUCUGGAGGGUCAAGUACAACGAUUGACGGAGUUACUCAUGGGUUUUCUAGAUGGCCAGCAUCAGCAAGCCCAGCACUCUCGGGCGGAAGAAAGGCGCGAGCCCCCAAGAGAAGAGGAAUCCUAUCGACGGGACGAGAAUCCGCAGAGGCCAGGGCCAGAUGACGGCGAGACGGCCGAGUCUCUUGACUUGUCGUUUGUGCAGCAGCGGCAGAAAAGAAGAUUGCGGCAGUUGGAGGAGGAGAUGGCCGCCCUAAAGCCAAGGACCGGAGAGGCUCAGGGACCAAGGAUAAAUCAGCCCCUUGGCCUAGAGAUCAUGGCGGCCAUACCACCAGAACGUCUCCGUAUCCCGGCCAUUAAGCCCUACGCAGGGACCACCGACCCGAUGGAUCACCUGGAUCUCUUUACCUCGCAUAUGAUGGUACAGGACGCCUCAGACGCGAUGUGGUGUAGAGUUUUCUUGGCCACUCUGGAGGGGCACGCACGGGCGUGGUACUCAAACCUGGCUCAUCAUUCCAUCGUAAGUUUUGCGCAACUCCGGAGCAGCUUUCUGGCGCACUUUGCACCUCUCCGAAGACACCGAAGGUCCACCAUGGCCUUGGUGAGUAUGAAGCAAAACCAAGGAGAGCCCUUAAAGGAUUUCGUUUCACGAUUUAAUAUGGAAGCCCUGAGCAUUGAGAACUUUGACCACAAUGUUGCUAUGGUGGCAUUCCAGAACGCCCUGAGACCCGGCCCUUUCGCCCAAUCAUUAGCCAAAACGCCUCCGAGCGCGUUCACGGACAUAUUGGGCCGGGCCACGAAGUACAUAAAUGCCGAAGAGGUCAUGCAGGCUAAGAGAGCGGAGCAUGUGGAGAAGAAGGAUAAAAAGAAGCAUCCCGAGGAAAGGAGGAGUGACGACCGAAGGGAAAAAAAUCGCCCUCGGUGGGAUUUGGCGGGUUUCACUCCUCUGAACGCCCCGAGGGCAGAAAUCCUGGCUACUAUUGAGGGAAAAGAUUAUUUGAAAAAGCCUCGACCGAUGAAGGCACCAUCUGACAAAAGGAAUAGAAGUAAAUAUUGUCGAUUCCACCGAGAUCAUGGUCAUGACACGGAGGAGUGUCACCAAUUAAAGGAGGAGAUUCAGGAACUUAUCAAUCGGGGUUUCCUGAGGAGCUACGUGGCAAAAACAUGUGAUUCUCAGGGGAGAAAGGAUCGACGGUCGCGAUCAAGAAGCCCCCCCAAGAGAGACCGCGCGGAGGAUCGAAAUCGGGCCCAGCGGGAGAGAUCACAUCGAAGAGAAGAUGAUCAUCCUCAGCCUCCGAUAUUCCACACACUCGCGGCUGGGGAGGUCCCAGUCAUGAAGGACGAAAAAAGUAAUGCGGCCCGACUGAAAAGGUCGAGGAACGUGGAUCCAAUCUCUUUUUCAGAUAGCGACCUCCCGGGGUACCCGACUCGAAAUGACCCACUGGUGAUAACAGCUGAACUCGGGAAGUGGGAACUUCGGCGGAUCCUUGUGGAUCCAGGAAGCUCUUCAGAAAUCUUGUAUCGGCAAGCCUUCUUAGGCAUGGGGUAUGAAAUGACACAGUUAAGGGCAGCGAGGGUCCCUUUGGUAGGAUUUGAUGGUGAAGCCGUAUAUUCAGAAGGGAUUAUUCAACUCUCGUUGACGGUAGGGAGAGGUUCCUGA